GAUAUGGUAUAUAAAUAUAAAAUAUUAUAAAGUUAAAAGAGAAGGAAAAAUGAAGAGAAGAAAAGUAAUACAAGAAAUAAACAAAAAAAGAAAAAUAAAAUGCUAAUGAGGUUUGAUUAUGGCACUGAAGAAUUUGCAAUUGUUUCAACCAAGAACGGAUAUGUAUCAGCGACAAGCGACACCAAUGCGAGCACCUCCGACCGCGCUUAGCAGAAGCAUAUCUAAAUCUGCUGAAACGUUGGUUGCUACUACUAGAGCUGGUAAAGAAAUAAGGGCACGGAAAGCUCGGAGCACGGAGCAACCUGGAGUUGGGCUGAUAAAAGGCUCCGGUUCGUUAGGACUUCCCAGUAUUGGCAAAGGAUGGGGCAGAGACGACGACAGCAUGCACUCGCGAUCUAGGAAUGGAAGUGGAAGCAGCAGAGCUGGAAGUCUGGACAGAAGUACAAGAGGAUCUACCACAACCCUCAAUUCAGAUGAAGACAACAUCAACGUAGUGGUUAGAAUUCGCCCGCUGAACGAGAAGGAACGGUCGUGCGGCGAUCGUGAGAUUCUCGAGUUUCCUGGCAAGGGUCAGAUUGUAUGCGACACCGGCACGCCUGGUCAAAAGCCCAAGGUCUUCUCCUACAACGUCGUCUUCGAGUCACUAGCCACGCAGGAGGACGUUCUAGAAUAUUCCGGAGUAAAGAGGCUUCUAGAAAUGGCAAUAGAGGGUUUCUCGUGUACUGCCUUUUGUUACGGACAAACAGGCAGUGGGAAGACUCACACACUUACAGGACCACCAGGACUGGUGGAAAGCGGAGCUAGCCCAUAUGCCCCAGACCAUGGGCUAGUGGUGCGCUCCUUCGUAUACCUGUUCCAGCUGAUAAAAGAGAGACCAGAAUGCCACUUCAUAUUAAAGGCAUCUUUCUUAGAAAUAUAUAAUGAAAAGGUGAUCGAUCUUCUCAACCCAGGCACUGCUAGGAAGCCUCUCCAGGUGCGAUGGUCCAAAGAGAGCAGAAGUUUUUAUGUCGAGAACCUGUUUAUGGUGGACUGCGAAGAAUUGGACGAUCUUUUUGCUGUUUUAGAAGAAGGAAUGCGAAACAGAUCAGUGGGGUCUCACGCUAUGAACACCAACUCUUCCCGAUCACACACUGUCCUCUGUGUUCGAGUUCGCCGAGAUUUACGCGCCAGUGCAGAUAUCUCAUGCUCCACGCAUGGCAAGAUUAACUUUGUUGACUUGGCUGGCAGUGAGAUGACCAAAAAGACGCAGAGCAGCGGCAAGACGUUGGAAGAAGCCAAUAAUAUUAACAGAAGUUUGAUGGUGCUGGGAUACUGUAUUGCCCAAUUAAGUGAUGGCAAGAAGCGAGGCCAUAUACCAUAUAGAGACAGUAAGUUGACUAAACUACUAGCGGACAGUCUGGCUGGUAACGGAGUUACUUUGAUGAUUGCCUGUAUAGCACCCACAAGAUCAAAUGUUAGCGAAACUAUCAACACUCUACGGUACGCUGCAAGAGCGAAGAAGAUCAAAUCAAAACCCAUUGUCAAAAUGGAUGCAAGAGAUGCACUUAUAAUGAGCUUGAAAAGAGAAGUUGAAGCAUUGCAAGCGGAGAACCAGCAUCUAAGAACAGCGUUACAUGUACAAACUGAUUACAACAUAGACUACAAUCAACGAAGUCGCACUCCAACCCGCAUCGAACCCAACAAACUAUAUCAGCUGCCACAAACAGAAUUGUUUGAGCUGGUGCAACUGCACAUGGAGGAGAACUCGGCGCUGAGAAACGAGAAUACUGAACUCUUCAGUGUGAGGGACCAACUCCUCAAAGACCAAGAGUUACUGAGCCGGGAGAACGAGAGGCUGUUGAAGAAAUUAGAAGAUGUCAAUUCUGUUUGUAUUAGAUCACCAAUAAUUCCCGCCCGGCCGGCGUACUCCGACGUCAGUUCAAGCGAGGCCAACAUUUGGACCAACCCCGCCACAUCGACGGCCAGCAGUCUCGCCAGUAGAUAUAGCUAGAACCAAUAUUUGUAAUCCAAAGAGCCUCCCACUAUGUGAUCUCAGAAAUUAUUUGAUAUAAACGUCAUAGAAAAACUUCAGAUAAAUCAAUGAAUACCUAGCUUAGUUUGGAGCACGGAGGUAAAAGGGAUUGGUAAUCAUGGAAAAUAGCAAUCACUUUGCUAGCAAUAUACACCUAUUAAGUGGACAUCAACGCGGUUCCCCUGGAAACCAUCGUGAUUGAUUUAUUGUUGAAUUCGUCACGAUGGGUCAACUGAACUUUUUUUUUUCGUGGGGAAAUGCAUCAUGCAGACCCAAACGCCCCGGGAGAGGCGUAUGGGUACUGCCGGACUCCAACCGGCUAAAACCAUCACGGCAUCCCACGCCGCGCCAUAAUGUUGGGAACCCGGGUUCCCUUUCGUAGUCCACCGAGUCCCAACGGCGUUGGCCUGCACCGGCUUGCGGGCCCCGACUUAAAUAUGGAGCGUGCGCCUGAUGUUAUGGGUCAACUGACCUGCUUUAACAUCAUCUAUCAUCUCUUACUGGUGCCCCGCCAGUGUAUACCGAUAGCGUAGGCGGGGUAACUGUUCCAUUAUCAUCCAUUAAAAAGUCCUGAGAACAAACUAGGUAGUGAUACUACAUAUAUCCUCAGAACAUGAAAACCUUAUAAUAGAAUAGAAUAGAAUAGAAAAUCAUUUAUUCAAAUAAACUUACAUUGAAGCACUUUUGAAUAGUCAUUACAUUUUUUUUUAAUCUACCGCUCGUUCGGAAAGCUGUCUCAUCACAAGAAGAACGAGCAAGAAACUUGCGUGUUGCUCUUUUAAAUAAUUUUAUUAUUACUUUACAUUUUUAAGUGUGUGAAUACAAACCACCAAUUAGCACUAAUUCAAUUAAAUACUCAAAAAGAAAAAAUAUUGAAUACAUAACCAACUGGUUAAACAAUUAAUAAGAGGAAAUCAGUCAUAGUGAUUAGAGCAGACCAGUCCCUACAAGCAGCACCUGUUCACGAGUAUGACGGAUGAGCCAGCCAUCACUGCGCUCGAACAUAUUUUAGGGAGCCCAAUGACCCGGCCCACCACGCCGCCACAAGUCUGGACAUUUUAGUGAGCAUGACUACUCAAAACACUAGACCACGUCAAAGCUACUCACAAUUGCCAUCUGAUAGUUAUAGUAUUCACAUUUUACAUAAGAAUGCAUGCGGCAAUUAAUACAAAA